AUGUCGGACAAUCUACCUCAAGAAGUGGUGUUUGAUAUCUUGGCAAGACUACUUGUCAAGUCCCUGUUACAUAUGAGGUGUGUAUGCAAAUCAUGGAACUCUCUAAUCAAUAGUCCAAAUUUCAUCACGUCACACACAAACCAAACUCUUGCAAACAACAACAAUGAAUUAGUACUACUUAGGCACCGCACUGAUGGCAAAGAUCAGUUCACAGUGCAUUGCAAUAACAACACAUUCAAUGAGUGUACAACAUUUGAUUGCCCAUUUACAAACUGGACAAAGUAUUAUUUGAGGGUAGUGGGUUUGUGUGACGGGUUAGUGUUCUUGUCAUCUUAUGAUCAGACUACGAUUUUAUGGAACCCAUCAAUCAAGAGAUGUUUGAAUCUUCCAACACCUCGCAUUACAUAUAAGUCUCACGGUUCUUAUACGUUUAUCCUUGGAUUCGGAUUUGAUUCCUUGACUAACGAUUUUAAGGUGGUGAGACUUGUAUAUUUCCACAAGAACUUUGGUUACAGGCUUCCGGUAGAGGUCGAUGUUUAUAUGCUUAGCAUAGGGACUUGGAGAACUGUUAAUACUGUUGCCCCAUCAUAUAAUUUGAUGCAAUGCGUUUCCCAUGCUUUUGUGAACCGGGCAUGCCGCUGGAUUGGGUUUGAGGCAAUGACGAAGGAAAUAAGGUGCUAUUUGAUACUGUCAUUCAACAUCAGUACUGAAGUGUUUCAUGAGAUAAAGCUCCCGGAUUGUGCUGCUAAUGUGUUCAGACUAAUUGCAUCGGUUGCAGUGUAUGAGGAAUCGAUUUGUUUGUUCCAUUAUGAUAGCGAUUGGGGGUAUCCAAGUAAGGAUUGUGAUAUAUGGGUGAUGACAGAGUAUGGUGUGGUUGAGUCUUGGACUAAAUUGUUCACAAUUGAUUUUGGUAUAAGCAAAGCUGUAGGUUUUAGGAAGAAUGGUGAAUUUUUGGCAGAAGAUAGUGAGGGGAAGUUGGUUACAUAUGAUUUCAAGACGGGCAAAUAG